UGCUUUGAUAGGAUGCAGUUGAGAAGCUAUUCAGGCCGGAGAAGACCACUCAGCACCAGCAAAUCGUUCUUGAUCGACCAAGAAUCUUUGGAAUCAAUGGCUCAGCCGUCUAUUAACAAGGCUAUCAACAGGGACGCCAUCACGGAAGAAGUCGUUGCCAUCUUCACCGACUCCAAUGUGAUACCUGAGCGGUACUACCGACCCGAUGAGGUCCAUGCCGGCAUCGUUGUUGGCUACGACGAGGAGGAGGAGGCCUACGAGCUGCCGGUGGUGGACAUGGCGAGGCUGCUUGACCCGGAGCUAGCGGAGGCGGAGAUUGCAAAGCUUGGCUCUGCGUGUCGGAAUUGGGGCUUCUUUCAGUUAGUAAACCAUGGAGUCGACGAACAAGUGGUAAACGACAUGAAAGACAGCGCGACGAAAUUUUUCAGCUUGCCACUGGAAAGCAAGAAGCCAGUGGAGGUCCGAGAGAACAGCAUCGAAGGGUUUGGCCACCAUUACAGCAGAGCAGGUAAGCUGGACUGGGCACAGAGCGUGAUCCUCGUCACUCAGCCAAUCGAAGACAGGAACCCGGAACUGUGGCCUACAAACCCAGCAACCUUUAGGGAUGCACUCCACAAGUUCUCUGUCGAGACGACGAGCCUGACAAUGAGGAUCGUGGGCUUCAUGGCUACAGAGCUCGGAAUCGACCCGGAGGCACUGGCGCGCGCGUUCCGGGGCAGGCGACAGAACAUGUCCAUUCACCACUACCCUCCCUGCCGCCACCCGGACAAGGUGAUCGGCAUCCCGCCGCACACCGACGGCCUCGGCCUGACGCUGCUGCUGCAGGCCGACGACACGCCCGGCCUGCAGAUCAGGAAGGAUGGCAGGUGGUUCCCGGUGCCGCCGCGGCAGGGCUCCUUCGUCGUCAACGUCGCCAACAUCCUCGAGGUCCUCACCAAUGGCGUGUACCGGAGCGUCGAGCACAGGGUGCUGGUAGACGCAAGGAAGAGCCGGACCACCGUCGUGAUGUUCCACGACGCCCACCUCGACGGGAUGGUGGAGCCGAUUCCGGAGGUGCUCGAGCACGACGGAGCAGAGGCACGCUACAGGUCCGUCGGAAAGCUUGAGUACAUGAAGGGACACUUCGCGGUGCGUUCUGACGGGACACGGUUCCUGGACAGCCUCAAGAUAUAAAUUGCGGGAAUAAUUUUACGGUCCUUGAGUAGAUACUGAGAGAUACCAAAAUUUUACACUGAAAUUCUGUACCUUAUGGUACCUUAAGGAUCGUAAAAUUGCUCAAAUUGCGGAAGCUUUGCAGGUUACUAUGUAUGAUAUCACUGUUAGAAUUCAAGAUGUAGCCUGCACCGUUUCCUUGCUUGACUUCCAGGAGUUUGUUGCAAACCUGCAAUAUGUUGGCUCUCUCUUUGUUUUGUGAAGCAAACGGAACGGAUGUGCUCAAAACUAUGUAAUAAUUUGGUUUUAACUCCUGUGGAAGCAAACGUCAGGAUUUCUUUCCCAGUAUCUAAAAACCGGUUA